AUGUCUGUUAAAGAGCACUUUAUCAAGACAUUGCAAGAAUACCACGUGGUCGAACCGUCACGAGUAGAUGCGAGUGGACGUUUUCUCUCUUUUAACUUACAUCAUCACAUCUCAAACACAAGGAAGAAGAGAGACCUCAGCAAAAAGGAAAGUGUGGUAUACUAUAAAAUUAAUCAUGAGGAGAAGGAUCUGUUUUUUAACUUGACUGUCCACACGGGAUUUCUUUCCCAUAACUAUGUAGUAGAAAGGAGAUGCGGCAACUACGCUAGCGCGAAGAUUGCAACUCGCUCAGGAGUUCCUUGCCACUUCAUUGGCACGGUGUUGCAGCCAGAUUCGGGGAGCGGGACGGCUGCAAUCAGCACUUGCAAUGGCCUGACUGGAUAUUUCCAUCUGCCCCAAGGGGAUUACUUCAUUGAGCCCAUUAAAAAGCAUCUGCAGAAAGAGGGAACACCCCAUCCCCAUAUUAUCUAUGGAGCAAAUAUCCUUCAAAAUGCUUUAAGGAGAAGACGGGCAGUGCCUAUGGAGAGAGAACAAGCAUGUGGAUUGAAUGAUACUAUCAGCUUUUCCCAAAACCAAGAGCGUCAGAGGGAGAGAUGGGAACGAAAUCAUGUGCCUGUCAGAAAAGUUUCUCGACGCUCUGUCAGCAAGGAGCGAUGGGUGGAGACACUUGUGGUUGCAGACAGCAAGAUGGUUGAAUACCAUGGAAGUGACCACGUGGAAUCGUAUAUCCUCACUAUCAUGAACAUGGUCACAGGGCUGUUCCAUGAUCCGAGUAUUGGCAAUGCAAUUCACAUUGUGCUGGUUCGGCUCAUCCUUUUUGAGGAGGAGGAGCAAGGCUUGAAGAUAGUCCACCAUGCUGAUAAAACAUUAGCCAGCUUCUGCAAAUGGCAAAAGAGCGUCAACCCCAAGAGCGAUGUCAACCCUGCGCACCAUGAUGUGGCUGUCCUCCUAACCAGAAAGGACAUUUGUGCUGGCAUGAAUCGUCCGUGUGAAACGUUAGGUUUGUCUCAUCUCUCGGGCAUGUGUCAACCUCACAGAAGCUGCAACAUUAAUGAAGAUUCUGGCCUUCCACUGGCAUUCACUAUUGCCCAUGAACUUGGACACAGCUUUGGUAUCCAGCACGAUGGAAAAGAGAAUGACUGUGAGCCUGUUGGAAAGCAUCCAUAUAUUAUGUCCCGGCAGUUGCAGUAUGAUCCCACUCCCCUCACCUGGUCUCAGUGCAGCAAAGAAUACAUCACACGCUUCCUGGACCGAGGCUGGGGAUUCUGUUUGGAUGAUAUACCCCAAAAAAAAGUUCUGAAGUCCCCAGUCAUUGCUCCUGGCGUAAUUUAUGAUGUACAUCACCAGUGCCAGCUUCAGUAUGGUUCCAAUGCAACCUUCUGUGAAGAUGUGGAUAAUCUUUGCCAAACACUCUGGUGCUCAGUGAAAGGCUCCUGCCGCUCCAAACUGGAUGCUGCUGCAGAUGGCACUCGAUGUGGAGAAAACAAGUGGUGCUUCUCUGGUGAGUGCAUUACAGUGGGCAAGACUCCAGAAGCAGUCCAUGGUGGAUGGGGUGUUUGGUCAUCCUGGUCACAUUGCACAAGGACAUGUGGGGCAGGAAUUCAGAGUGCAGAGAGACCAUGCAAUAACCCAGAACCUCAGUUUGGAGGAGACUACUGCACUGGAGAAAGGAAGCGCUAUCGCGUGUGUAACAUUAGCCCCUGUCACAAGAAUAUGCCAACUUUUCGUCAGAUGCAAUGUAGUGAGUUUGACACAGUUCCCUACCAGAACGAAUUCUACCACUGGGUUCCAGUUUACAACACAGCUAACCCUUGCGAGCUCCACUGUCGCCCAGUAGACGGCCAUUUCUCAGAGAAGAUGCUGGAUGCGGUCACGGACGGCACUCCUUGCUUUGAGGGAAGACAUAGCCGAGAUAUCUGUAUUAAUGGCAUGUGUAAGGCUGUUGGCUGUGAUUAUGAGAUAAACUCCAAUGCGACGGAAGACCAGUGUGGAGUUUGCCUGGGAGAUGGCUCUGCUUGUCAUACAGUGAAGAUGAUGUUUAAUCAAAGUGAAGGAUUUGGAUAUGUUGAUAUUGGGCUAAUUCCAAAAGGUGCAAGAGGCAUCAAAGUCACAGAAGUGGCGGAAGCUGGAAACUUCCUUGCUGUGCGAAGUGAAGACCCAGAAAAGUAUUACCUGAAUGGAGGCUUUAUCAUCCAGUGGAAUGGUGAAUACAAAGUGGCAGGAACAAUAUUUCAGUACGACAGAGCUGGUGAUCUGGAAAAUCUGACUGCUCCAGGACCCACCAACGAAUCAGUAUGGAUACAGCUGCUUUUUCAAGAGACUAACCCUGGGAUCAUGUAUGAAUACACUGUGCGUAAAGAAGAAAGCCAUGAGAAUGAGAUUGGGGAGCCAGAGUAUUUUUGGCAGUAUGGAGACUGGACAGCCUGCAGUGUUACAUGUGGCAAAGGGGUGCAACGCCAGAUUGCCCACUGCAUGCGGAAGGGAAGUGGAGCAAUCAAGAACUCCUUCUGUGACCCAGCGACCCAGCCAAAUGGACGGCAAAAGAAAUGCUAUGAGAAGGACUGUCCACCCAGAUGGUGGGCAGGAGAAUGGCAGAAAUGUUCCACCACGUGUGGCCCAACGGGACAGAAGAAGCGAACCGUGCUUUGCGUCCAGACGGUGGGAUCCGAUGAGCAGGCGUUGGCUGUCACCGAAUGCCAGCACCUGCUUAAGCCAAAGACCCAUCUUUCAUGCAACAGGGAUGUCUUGUGCCCUUCUGACUGGACAGUGAGCAACUGGACAGAGUGUACAGUUACUUGUGGUGGUGGAGUAAGGACUCGUAACGUCACUUGUGCCAAAAAUAAUGAUGAGCCAUGUGAUAGCUCCAAGAAACCAAACUCUAAGGCCCUGUGUGGUCUCCAGCAAUGUCCUUCUGCUGGAAGAUUUCUCAUACCUCCACUGGGACCCAGAAGAGGAAAGAUCAUAAUCAGAAAAACAGCCAUUAAUCCCAAACGGGGUUCUCCUGGCAGAAUACCUAUACCCGUGCCAAGCCCAAGGGUCCACACAACAACAGAAACACCCAAGUCUGAAAGCAGUGAAGCGCCAGGAGGUGAGGACAGUCGUGUCUCCUUGUUUACCAAAAGUCCAGAAAUAACUCCUAGCUAUGAUUACUUAACAGAAGAAUCUGAUGACAUUGAUGUGUCAGCAGGGAGCAGUGAGAAACCAACUGAGCUCAUUCACAGCACAGAACUCGAUCCAGAAAUCAGAACCCAGAGCAUGGUUCUAGGUACGAACUCUCACGCCCUCCAGAAUGGUAACACGACUCCUCCACUCUCCCCAGCCUCUCCUCACCAUGAAUCUUCUACGCUCCUUCUGAUUAGUGGGGCACCGCCAGGACUGGCAUUGCCGACGACAGCAAACUCUAUCAGUCUUGAUGUGCCUGUUGUGGAAGUUACCACCCAAGAAGCAUUCAUUGCAGUGAUGCCCACAAUGUCUGCUAAUCUGAGAGACCAGACUGACAACCCAACAGAAAUAAAGUUAUGUGACGUUGCCACCAACAGCACAUCAUUGCCAGCUCUUGAGUGUGCUCCCACAAACCAAAGUGCAGCAUCUGAGCGGGUUCUGCCAAGUGUCACAGAAAAGGGCCACCUAAUAAUACCCAACAAUUUGCAUGCUGAGGCCUACUGGAUAGUAGGGAACUGGAGUGAGGAGCAAUAG